AUGAUUCUCUUCGGAGCUUUAUGCCUUGCAAGCUCAUUCCUCAUUAUCUUCAUCGAGAUCCCGCUCCUCCUACGCAUCUGCCCCACUUCCGCGAAAUUCGACACCUUCAUGCGCCGCUUCACCACCAACUAUAUGCGCGCUGGUAUCUACCUGGUGAUGGCAAUUAUCCAAUGGCUUAGCAUUAUCAAAGAGGCGUCCAGCUUGAUCGCCGCUGCUAUAAUGUUGACGGUUGCAGCUGCGUUCUAUGCUCUGGCGGGUGUUAAGGGCCAGGGCUUUGUGGGGAGCAAGACGCUUGGUGGACAGGGUGUUGCGCAGAUGAUUAUCUAA